AAAACCAUUCUUCCAUUGUUGGUAAUGAUGUCUCUUUCCAUCAUUGCCAUCCACUCCAGUUCUGACAGCAACGUGAUGUUACUAGGAAAAACAAAGGAAAGGCAGAGCAAUAAGGAAGGGAACAUUUCUGUUGUUUUAUAUUCAGGGUCUGGGCACGGGUAAAUUUUGUGGUACUUGGGAACUACCUGCUCCAUGCUGUUUUUACUACCUGCACACCUUACGAACAAAUAUCUCACCUCCAUUUUCUUUUAACAGGGCUCCUUUCUAGCAGAUGGAAACCUUUAAGCACUGUACACCGUCCGGUUUGGGUGAAGGGCUGGAUGUCCAAAGCUUCGGGAAUGAAAGCUUAUCGUAUUUUGCCUACGGUAGUAACUUGUUGCGGGAGAGGAUAACGUUAAGAAACCCGUCUGCAGUUUUUCUCACCCUGGCACAGCUACUGGAUUACAAACUUGCUUUUGGCUCUCAUCAUGGCAAGCCCAGUUCUAACUGGCAUGGAAGUACAGCAACUAUAAUCCAUAGUCCUGGCGAUGAAGUGUGGGGAGUCGUAUGGACAAUGAGUACUACCGAUUUACCUUCUCUGGAUAGACAAGAGGGAGUUGAGCAAGGUAUUUACAUCCCAAUAGAAGUUACAGUCCAGACUCAAGAAGGGGAAAUACUUAAGAGUCGGAGCUACCAAAUGACAGACUAUGUCUUAGGCCUUCCUUCCCCGCAGUAUAAAAAGGUUAUUUGUAUGGGUGCAAAGCAGAAUGGUUUGCCAGUGGACUACCAGAAGAAAUUAGACUCUAUACAGACGAAUGACUAUGCAGGACCUGUGCCGGUUUUUGAUGAAAUUGAAGCUGCCCUCGGCGAAAAGGAGAUAAUGAAAUAAUAAAGAAACGUUUUAGAAUCACCUGCUUGGGUUU